AUGCAAAAACAAUCUGAAAUCCCACAAAUCGCAUUUGCUGGAGAAUCUACGAGCGCGUAUAUUCGAUACGAGCGCGUAGAAAAGCUACGAUGUCUUAUUACUGGUGAUAAAAUAUCGCAGGAAACUAAAGCCAAGAGUAGAAGCCGCAAACGCUUAAAUCUUGAAGACCUUUCUAACGCUGAGUGCAAGAAAGAAUUCCGUUUUACUCUUUCAGAGACCCAACUAUAUGAUUAUGUUAUAGUCAUUUCUGUACUAUUGAUCUUUAGUCUCAAUAUCAUGUUCUGUAUAGUUUACGUCUUACAACAACAUCCUGCUUAA